ACAGCGAUAGCAGUCUAGUUUCUCAGUGACGGCGGCAUCAAUUUCUGAAUUAAUUACCAUUUUGUCGCAAAAACUGCGCGUCCUUUAUCUUUCCUAGAUUAAAAUCUUUCUUCUUAAAUACAGGUUGUGUUGAAAAGUGAUUUAAAUGGCUUCAGAUGAGGAAGUAGAUGGUUCCUUCGCAGGUGACGAGGAUGUAGAAGAAGGAGAAGGUCAAAAUGAGAAUUCAGGGGAGAGUGAUGAAGCCCCACCAAAAGAGGAUGAAGACUACUCUCCUGAGGAUGGCAGAAAAAAGAAGAAAGGUAAAAAGAGAAAGGCCAAAGGUGAAGACAAGAAAGGCAGAAAAAAGAAGAAGAAGAGAAAGAAUGAGAGUGAAGAAGAUGAAGAGUUCGGCAUCGGUGAGAUCGAGGCCGAAGGGGACAGCGAUUACGCCCUCAGCGCCAUGUCCUCAUCGAAGAAGUCCCGAAAAGUCCGCGGCAGCAAGCACAACACUCCGUCUACACCAGCCGCCUCUGAUUCCGGAUCUGGUAUGCCCACUGUUGAGGAGGUGUGCUCGUCAUUCGGCCUCACAGACGUGGACAUUCAGUACACAGACGCAGAUUACGAGAAUCUAACUUCAUACAAGCUGUUCCAACAGCAUGUGCGCCCGAUGAUUGUCAAGGAGAAUCCUAAGGUUCCAGUAUCAAAACUCAUGAUGCUCGUGGCCGCAAAAUGGCGUUUGUUCUGCGAGAGCAACCCUAACUUGGGCGGAGGGUCACAGAACAUUGGCUCUGAGGAAAAUACGAAUACUUCCACAGCUUCGGACUACGCACCUAAGGCCAGGUCAGGACGCCCGACUAAGGAUGCUAAGAAUGACGACGCGGCCGAGGAGCAGGAAGAGGACGAGGAAGAGGAAGCUAGCGACGAAGGGACCCCCGUCCCUCGCAAGCGGGGCCGGAAACCCAAACACGCGGCCGGCGGCACGCCGCGGGGCAAGCCGGGGCGGAAGCCUAAGGUGCCCACGCUCAAGAUCAAGUUCAGCAAGCGGAAGAGAACAAGCAGUGAGGAGGACCCAGAAGGCAGUGCUGGCGCAAACACUGACUCUGAUGCGGAGUUUGAACAAAUGUUGGCGGAGGCCGAGGAGCCGAAGCCCGGGGCGCCGCCCCCGGCCGGGGAAACCGCCCCCGCGCCAAAGGAGGAUGACCCCAACGCACAGCAACAGCCUAGGAAGAAGGCUAAGACCAAGAUCGGCAACAAGACGAAGAAGAAGAAGAAAAUGAAGACCACAAACAAGUUCCCCGAUGGUGCUGAGGGCGAACAGGAACACCAGGACUAUUGCGAGGUGUGCCAACAAGGCGGCGAGAUCAUCCUGUGCGACACGUGUCCGCGCGCCUACCACCUGGUGUGCCUGGAGCCCGAGCUGGAGGAGACUCCCGAGGGACGCUGGUCGUGUCCGCACUGCGAGGCCGAGGGCAACCAGGACCAGGACGAUGAUGACGAGCACCAGGAGUUCUGCAGAAUCUGCAAAGACGGCGGCGAGCUGCUCUGCUGCGAUUCAUGUCCUUCUGCGUACCAUCGGUUCUGUCUCAACCCACCACUGGAUGAAGUGCCUGAUGGGGAGUGGAAAUGUCCGCGAUGUAGCUGUCCCCCGCUGGAUGGCAAAGUGCACAAGAUCCUGACUUGGCGUUGGAAGGAGCAAUCGGCCAAGUCCAAGGCGCCGCGGUCUCGGGAGUUCUUCGUCAAGUGGCACGAGCGCUCCUACUGGCACUGCAGCUGGAUCUCAGAGAUACAGCUGGACGUAUUCCACCCACUCAUGUACCGGUACUACAUGAGGAAGUCAGACCCUGAAGAGCCUCCGAAGCUCGAAGAGCCAUUGGAUGAGCGUGAUGGACGCGUCAAGAGGCUCAGGGAUAAGCAGCCGCAAGAUGUCGAGGAUGACGAGAAGAUGCGGGAGGAGAAGUAUUACAGAUACGGCGUCAAACCUGAGUGGCUAGUGGUCCAUCGAGUGAUCAACCACCGCACUUCGCGGGACGGAACUACCUAUUAUCUCGUGAAAUGGCGCGAUCUGUCUUAUGAUCAGGCCACGUGGGAGUCUGAGCACGAGGACAUCGCCGGCCUCAAACAGGCCGUGGAUUACUACCAGGAUAUGCGGGCCUACAUCACUUCGGAAGGAAAAACAAAGAGCAAAGGCAAGAAACCGGGGCGCAAGAGCAAGAACCGUGACGUCAUUGAUGACGACGACAACAGCGGCGGCGUACAAAUGCGCGCCAGGAAGUACAACCCACCGCCGGAGAAACCCACCACCAAUCUCAAUAAGAAAUACGAAGAUCAACCACCGUUCGUCUACGAGACUGGCAUGCAACUACAUCCUUACCAGUUGGAAGGUCUUAACUGGCUGCGGUACUCUUGGGGACAAGGCAUCGACACCAUCCUAGCCGACGAGAUGGGUCUCGGAAAGACCAUCCAAACUGUCACAUUCCUGUACUCUUUGUUCAAGGAGGGACACUGCAAGGGACCCUUCUUGGUCUCCGUACCACUGUCGACCAUCAUCAAUUGGGAGAGAGAAUUCGAGUUGUGGGCUCCUGACCUAUAUUGCAUCACAUACGUCGGUGACAAAGAUUCUCGGGCGGUGAUCAGAGAGAAUGAGUUGACAUUCGAUGACGGCGCCAACAGAGGGGGCAGACCGUCCAAAAUCAAAUCGCAAGUCAAGUUUAAUGUGUUGUUAACCUCGUAUGAAUUGAUUUCCAUCGAUGCCACAUGUCUCGGAUCCAUUGAUUGGGCUUGUCUCGUAGUUGACGAAGCUCACAGACUGAAGAGCAAUCAAUCGAAAUUUUUCAGAUUACUGGCUGGUUAUCACAUUAAUUACAAACUUCUCUUGACUGGUACUCCUUUGCAGAAUAACCUUGAGGAAUUGUUCCAUCUUUUGAACUUCCUCAACAAGGAUAAGUUCAAUGAUCUUGCCGCUUUCCAAAAUGAGUUUGCAGACGUUUCGAAAGAGGAACAAGUGAAGAGGCUUCAUGAAAUGUUGGGGCCGCAUAUGCUGCGACGACUAAAAGCCGACGUGCUCAAGAACAUGCCCACCAAAUCUGAGUUUAUCGUGCGAGUAGAGUUGUCUCCCAUGCAGAAGAAAUACUACAAAUAUAUCUUGACAAGAAAUUAUGAAGCUUUAAAUCCAAAGAGUGGAGGACAGACGGUGUCUCUGCUCAAUGUGAUGAUGGAUUUGAAGAAAUGUUGCAAUCACCCAUAUUUAUUCCCUGUGGCGGCCGAAGAAGCCCCUUUGAGCGCUCACGGGAACUACGAUACUCAAGCUUUGAUCAAAGCAUCAGGAAAAUUAGUUCUUUUGGCAAAAAUGUUAAAACAGCUCAAAGACACUGGCCACAGAGUGCUGAUUUUCUCUCAGAUGACAAAAAUGUUAGACAUCUUAGAAGAUUUCUUAGAAGGAGAAGGUUAUAAGUAUGAAAGAAUUGACGGUGGUAUCACUGGAACUAUCCGACAGGAAGCUAUCGAUAGGUUCAACGCACCAGGGGCUCAGCAAUUCGUGUUCCUUCUAUCCACCAGGGCUGGUGGGUUAGGUAUCAAUUUGGCCACUGCAGACACUGUGAUUAUAUACGAUUCGGACUGGAAUCCUCACAACGAUAUCCAGGCGUUCUCGCGUGCCCAUCGUAUCGGUCAAGCAAACAAAGUCAUGAUAUAUCGAUUCGUCACGCGUAACAGUGUUGAAGAAAGGGUAACGCAAGUAGCCAAGAGGAAAAUGAUGUUGACUCAUUUGGUCGUGCGGCCCGGUAUGGGCGGAAAGGGUGCCAAUUUCACAAAGCAAGAAUUAGACGACAUUUUAAGAUUCGGUACAGAAGAAUUAUUCAAAGAGGAGGAAGGCAAAGAAGAAGCUAUCCAUUAUGACGACAAAGCUGUUGCUGAAUUGCUCGAUCGAUCUAAGGAGGGUAUUGAAUCUAAAGAGUCUUGGGCUAAUGAAUACCUUAGCUCGUUCAAAGUGGCCAGUUAUUCCACUAAAGAGGGCGAUAAUGAGGAGGAGGUGGAUACUGAGAUUAUCAAGCAGGAAGCAGAAAAUACCGACCCGGCCUACUGGAUCAAACUGCUUAGGCAUCAUUAUGAACAGCAUCAAGAAGAUCAAGCUAGGACGUUGGGUAAAGGCAAGCGAGUGCGUAAACAGGUUAACUACAAUGACGGUAGCGUCGCACAGACUGAGAACCGAGAAGACUCCACUUGGCAGGAGAAUGGUUCAGACUUCAAUUCAGAUUUCUCUCAGGGCAGCGAAGACGACAAAGAGGAUGACGACUUUGACGAGAAGAAUGAUAAUGGCGAUUUGCUCAGUCGUCGCAGUAAACGGCGCAUCGAGAGGCGUGAGGAGAGAGAUAGGCCAUUACCUCCAUUGCUCGCGCGGGUUGGAGGUAAUAUGGAGGUUCUCGGUUUCAACGCUCGGCAAAGGAAGUCGUUCCUCAACGCGAUCAUGCGGUAUGGCAUGCCACCACAAGACGCGUUUAAUUCACAGUGGUUAGUGCGUGAUUUGAGAGGAAAAUCUGAGCGUAAUUUCAAGGCUUACGUGUCUUUAUUCAUGCGACAUUUGUGCGAGCCGGGAGCUGAUAACGCUGAAACUUUCGCUGACGGAGUGCCGAGGGAAGGUCUAUCGAGACAACACGUGCUGACGAGGAUUGGAGUGAUGAGUCUGAUACGGAAGAAAGUACAAGAGUUUGAGCAUAUCAACGGUUAUUAUAGUAUGCCGGAGUUGAUUCGCAAGCCAGUGGAGCCGGUCAAGGUGGGCGGAGAGAGCGCGGCCGCCAGCCCGUCGCCGUCCAGCGCCACGCCGCUCACGUCGGCCGCGCCCUCGCCCGCGCCCGCGCCCGGGGCGCCGCCCGACGAUAGGGAGCCCGCCGCCAAGACCGAAGCCAAGACCGACGCCAAGCCCGAACCAAAGGAUGAGCCAAUGGACACUAGUGACGUCAAAGAAGAGCCCGCAGAAAAGGAAAAAGAGAAGGAAAAAGAAGAAACGGAAUCCGUGAAAGAAGAAAGACGCAUGUCUGUCGAUGAAGAGCCGCCUAAAGACGAGGACAAGGAGAAGUCUGAAGAAAAAGAGUCUGAAAAGGAGAAGGAGAAGGUAUCCAGCCAGGAGAAAGAAGAUGUGGAUAAGAAGGAAGAUGUUAAGAGUGAGAAGGGUGAAUCUGAGGCCUCUGAGAAACCUAAAGAUGUGAAGAAGGAGGACGACGACGAUGACGUAGUCCUCGUGAAAGAAGAAGACGAGCUGAAAGUGGAACGUCGCAAGUUCAUGUUCAACAUCGCUGAUGGCGGCUUCACAGAACUCCAUACACUGUGGCUCAACGAAGAGAGGGCCGCGGCCCCGGGCAGGGAGUACGAGAUCUGGCAUCGGAGACACGAUUACUGGCUGUUGGCCGGUAUUGUUACACACGGUUACGGCCGCUGGCAAGACAUCCAGAAUGAUUUAAGGUUCGCAAUUAUCAACGAGCCUUUCAAGAUGGACGUCGGCAAGGGAAAUUUCCUUGAAAUUAAAAACAAGUUCCUCGCGCGUAGGUUUAAGCUAUUGGAGCAAGCUCUAGUGAUCGAGGAGCAACUCCGUCGCGCCGCGUACCUGAACCUGACGCAAGACCCUAACCACCCCGCCAUGUCGCUGAACGCGAGGUUCGCCGAAGUGGAGUGUCUGGCGGAGUCCCACCAGCACCUCAGCAAGGAGUCGCUGGCCGGGAACAAGCCGGCCAAUGCUGUGCUGCACAAGGUGCUGAACCAGCUGGAGGAGCUGCUGUCGGACAUGAAGUCGGACGUGUCCCGGCUGCCGGCCACGCUGGCGCGCAUCCCGCCCGUGGCGCAGCGGCUGCAGAUGUCCGAGCGCAGCAUCCUGUCGCGGCUGGCCGCCACCGCCGUGCCCGGCACUGCUGCACAAAUGGCGCAGUUCCCGGCCGGGUUCCAGCCGGGCGGCUCGCUGCCGGGCUUCGCGCCGUCGGCGGCGGCGGCCAACUUCGCCAACUUCCGCCCGCAGUACUCCGUGCCCGGGCAACCGACAUCCACUGGAUCUUCUAAUAAAUCAUAAGCCCGCGUAACUUCUACACCGUAUUGGAAAUUGACAUAAUUAAAGUGAGUGGAUAAAUGUUCACGUAGAUGAAUAUUCUAGAUGUAAGCUUUCCAAGAUUCCUGUUCCACCUUGGGUUUGAAGUGAUAAAGAUAGUGAUUAGUGCAGUUAGGUAAUAUAUUAUUACGUCAUUUUAAACGGAACUCACAAUAUUAUUUAUUUCAUCCUGAUCUGUAUGAAUCUUGUUUAUGUGUAAGUGACUGUGGACUUAUGAAAUUCUUUAUUUUUAAUCUACCAAAAAUGAAAUAAAUCAUACAUUUAAAUGAA